GAGGGGGAUGAACUUGUCUUCUCCGCGGCCGCAGUGAGGACGACUGGGGCCGCACGAGCAACACUCCAAGCCGCCGGUGGCAGCUUUUUGUGGAUUUACCGCUCUCCCUUGCCGAUUUGACGACGGGGCGCAUUUGAAGGAUGGAGACUUUGGGAAGAGGCGCUUAACAUGUCAGAGAUGAGGGAUGUGUCUGAAAUAUGACAGAUUCAACUUCUAAAUACCAAGCUGACAGAACAUUAAAAGCUUUACAGCACCACUUGUAGACAGCACAGUAAAACCGGUCUCAGAUAGAUUCAAGUCACUUUCACAUCAGCCUUUGUCAAACAUUGAGCUUGUCUUGAUAUCAACACAACACAAAUGUGGACCUCUGCAAAUGCUCAAAUAACCUGAAGAAAAUAUUAACACACACACACACACAAGAAAAAAACCUUUGUAGCCAUGUCUGACAUGACACAUCGCCACCUGCGGCACAAAUUACAAAGUCUCAGUCGACGCCUUGAUGAACUAGAGGAAGCCACUAACAAGCUACAGAAGUCAGAAGAUGAGUUGCUCGACAUUCAGGACAAGAUCAUCCAGGCAGAAGGCAGCAAUUCAUCUUUGCUUGCUGAUGUAGAGGCUCUGAGGAAACGGCUCCUGAAAAUCCAAGGUAAAGAUGAGGAGGUUCGCAAAGCGGAAGACCUCUGCCGUACAGUGAGGGAGAAACUGGAAGAGGAAGAAAACCUAACUAUGGAGCUGAAGGCUGAGAUUGAACAUCUGCAGCGAAGGAUGGCAGAACUAGAAAAACUGGAAGAAGCUUUUGGUAAAAGCAAGUCAGAUUGUUCACAGCUUUGUCUCAGUCUCAAUGAAGAGAAGAACCUAACCAAGAAGCUAUCAACUGAGUUAGAAGUCCUCAAAGGACGCCUAAAGGAAAUGGAGGGGUCUGAGGUGAAACUGGACAAAGCAGAGCAAGCUUUAGCUGCAGACCUAGACAAGCUUAAGGGAUUCUGCCAGACUUUUGAGAAUGAACAUAAGAGGAUACGGGAGAAACAAAGAGAAGAUGAGAAGCUCAUUCUAAAACUCACAGAGAAAUUGGAGCGCAUUGGCAUGUCAGUAGAUCCUGGUCGCGCAGGCUUUAUGAGGACAAGAAUUGAAGAGGAGCUGUCUUCCACGGGCAUCCACACCAGUAACCUGACCGGACGCAAAAAGAGCCUCGACUACAACAUUGGGUUGUUGAAUAAAUCCGAGAAUCAGAAGAACAGUGGUAUUGCUGGGUCACCUGAGGAGGACAACAAAGUCAAGGAGUUGACACAGGAAGUUGAACGGCUUAAGAACCGCCUCAAACAGCUGGAAAUUGUGGAGGGUGACCUCAAGAGCUCAGAGUUAAAAAAUGGUGAGCUUCACGAAAAGUUCCAGAUGGAAUGCAACCGGGCGCGCCAACUGAGCGAGCAGGUGGAACAGCUCAGGACACAGCUGUGUAGUAAAGUUGUAAUCAGCGGUAACGGCUCGAGCAAUGUGGAGAAGCAAGGCAAAGGAACCACUAACAUCUGCCCCAACAGCCCUGCCAAGCACCUGGAGAAUGGCAAAGCUGAGAGUGAAGAGAUUGUGAAGGGAGGUUUCAGGCAAGAGAAGCCCAAGUAUCGAAGUGCUGCAUCCGUCACAGAGCCUAGCUCGCCUAAGCACAGGAUCAGGGAGUUGUCUCCUCAGCAUAAGAGAGAAACCAAGCUGAGGACAAAAGAGCUCAGCAACCCAGAGGAAAGUUCAGCAAUGUCUUCGAAGAGGACCCUCAGUCCUGCACACAAAAGUAGGAGGACGCCCAAAAACCCUAGUAGUCUUAUUCCAUUUGAUAAUGGCUUAAAAGAGGCGGUCAGAGGAACAGAGGAAAAAGCAUACAAGGGAGUUAUGUAUAGCUCUUUAAAUACACCAUCCGGUGAUCUUAAAAAAGUGUCUGUUCUGAAUCGCUACCCACCAGCAGUUAAUGACCAGAAGCCCCUAAGGACAGCUCACAGGCAGAUUGACGGGGAGACCAAAAAGAACAGAAUAGAAAAGAUUUCAAAAUUGUAUGGAGGCAGUGACAGUGAAUCAAACAGCUCAGAUAUGCUGGAGAGCACGACCGCUGCUCUAGAGAGGGACACAGAGCUCACUUCAGACCAGGAAUCAAUAGACCCAAUUCAAGGUUCUGCAUCUGUUGCCUCCAGCCUGACCAAGGCUAAUGGAUCUUACAAAGCUUACAGAUCCAAUGUUAAUCAACUGCUGCCAAACGACCAGGGGUCUGAGGGUCAUUCCUCUGCUUCAGAAACGGAGUCUACUGGUUCAAGGCCCUCAGAACCAGAGACUGUAAAUGAAACAACUACUACAACCCGGAGCAGUAGGACUGCAACCUCUACAUAUUCAAGAUAUUCCCAUGUCAAGGACUCUUAUUCAGAGAGUUCUUCCUCCAGGUGCUCAUUCGAUGAAGAGCUCCACAGCCGACCAAAUUUAGUCGAGGGAGGUGGCAACAUUUCAUCUGUGCUUGAAGUCCAACGAGUUUGCAGUCCACGUGAGGCACUGAGGUCAAAAGCGGUAAUCAAACCUGCUAUUGUUGAGAUAGACAAAAAAGAAAUAAUGAUUUCGGAGCCCUUGCCUGCCAACGGCAAGCCCAGGAUAUCCACCAAACCCAUAUUGACCAACACCAGUAAAAUGACCAGCAGUAUAACAAUCUAUCCCAAUGACCCGAGCUCCUCCAGAACCAGCAGCCGCAGCAGCAGUGUGUCCAGUGAGCCCUUGUCCGCCAAGGAACGCCACACAUCCACCAGUAACUUUCUCAUAGGCCCGAGUAGUGAACUCCAUGGCAGCAUCUCAAUCCCCUGCGAAAUCUCCAUCCCCAAGAGCGAGAUAACUAUGCGGCCAAGCCAGGACCAGGAAUCUGGAUCAGGUAACCAGAAUGAGUCCUCGUCUAAGUCCAGGCUCCACAGCAACUCCAGAGUGGAGACGUCCAUGAGGCACACUGCCUACCAACGAAGCAACUUUAGGCACCGGUCUCCGACCAACUCUCCUGACCUCAGCGACAUGGAUUCAGCCUUUGAAAGCUCCAGUAGCACCACCACUUUGACCAGCUGCCAAAACCAAAGUCGUAGGCAGCAUUCCCAGGAAGAGCAUUUAGUAGACAUGAAGAAUGUAACUGUGAGAAGCACCUGGAAGAAUAAAGGCACUGCCUCUGAUGAUAAGAGUAGACGAAGGGGGGGAGGAAGGGGUUCUGAGGAUGAGGCAGAAGCCACAACAACAUGGAGGGCCUAUCUCGCAACAGCGGUUGACUCUGAGGACUCUGCGAGCCAAGGACCAAGAACUCUUGGGAUUGUUUCCGCUGCAAAGUUAGCCAAGCCAAUUCCUACAGAUACGUACGUACGAACAAUCGAGAAAGAAGCUGAGGAAUCGGUGCUCCAUCGUGGUGGAAGUGCCAAGUCUCCCUCCCAUGAACUAGGAGCCCUGGGAAGGACCGUGCCUCAUGCACCUGUCACCUCUCAGUCCUGGAGCCGCUCGAACUCGCAACGAACACAGACGCAAUUUCCUGCAGGAAUUUUUGGUGUUUCGUAGACCUUUCUACACAAGAACAGGAGCCGCUAUGUUGGACGACGGCAGAACUUCUCGGUGGCGCUGCUCCGGCGGGACGCGUUAACGCCAUUUAUAGCGGGGCUGACAUUCCUCUUGGCCAAAUAUUGACUCAAAGCCACACGUGGGCAUGUUCUCACACUCGGCAAUUUGCGCCUGGACUGAAGGAACCUUUUCUUUUGGAUGACGUUGGAAAGCUUUUGUUGUAAAGUUAGGAAAGUGUGCUUCCCGCCGAGCUCUAGUGGAAAAAUAAACAAGACAAAAAAAGAAACUGCUGUUCACAGAUUUUGGAGUUUUCACACUGCAAAACGCAAAGAAUAAAUCCCUCAAAUCAUGGAAAAUUAUGCUUUCCUCUUACCAGGCAUUUUCUAUGUAAGAGGAUUUUUAUUCUUUCAAAACAAGGCGUUAUUAAGCUUUUAUUACAGGUUAUCAGAAAGUUUCCCGUAACGGUACCAUAAAUACAUUCAUAACGGUGUGAAGCUGCCCGGGCUCUCAGCUUGCUGACCAUAGAAGGAGAAUAUCGCCACCCUGACAUUUCCUCCCCCUCCCCCCGCCCUCCGCCGCCUCGGAGCAGGAAGUGACCGCAGCCGCCACGCCCACUCCGCGGGCCUGACGGCUGACUUAUUUCCUGUCUGUCGCCCUCCGAGACGCGGCGAAAGCAGUCCUGCGGUGCUCUAAUCGAAGCCAAUUAGCCCGAGUGCCAAUUAAAAAGCGCCUCCCGAGCCGACAACUCCGGCCCACCAAGUACUCGUGUAAUUACACUGUUGGAAACGACAGUAAAGGUCUCACUUUGCGAGGUCAUCGAGGUUGUGGAUGUGUCCUUGUAGCCACUAAUCUCUUAACUUAAGACUUAACAUGUUUUUCCUUUUCCUUUUUUUUUUGGGUGGAGACUUGAGCGUUUUAAUAUUACCGUGCAAGUACUACAUCCCCCAAUAAUAAAGACAUCGAAACUACACUCGCAAGAAAAUGUCCGCAGUAGACAGACGUCUCGCAUUAAAUACCCUGAAGUGGGAAUUCAACAAAUACAUACACCGUAAUUUGCGGGCUAUAAGCCGUGACUUUUUUCACACGUUUUCAACCCUCCGGUUUAUGUGCUAAUGCGGCUAAUUUGUGCGGGGUUUUUUUUAUGGCCGCAAGGGGGCCCUCGAACGGAAAAGGUAAGAGUGAGACCGGUGAAAUAUGUGUUGAGGAAGUGACUUUUACCGGCCCUGUUAGCGCUGCGCUAGCAUGUUACUGUCUCAGUGAUUUUUAAUGGUAUGUGUUUUUUUAACCGGCCCUGUUAGCGCGGCGCUAGCGUGACACUACUUUUAGCAUUAAACUCUCUGAGGAAGUGAGUUUUGCAGGCCCUGUUAGCGCUGGGCUAGUGUGUUGCUGCUGUGUUACUGCCAUGUCUCAGUGAUAUUUACUGAUAAGUUUUAUUUUAACAGGUCCUGUUAGCGUUAGCACUAGCAUGGCCCUAGCGUUAGCACUCGCAUUAGCACGGCGCUAGCGUCAAACUCUUUCUGUCUACCGUCUUUCUUUGUAAAUAUCUCGCGUUUCAAUGUGGGUUUCAAUGUAGGCACUUGCGGCUUUUACACAGCUGCGGCGUAUGUAUGUACCAAAUUGUAUUUCCUUUACAAAUAUACUGGGUGAGGCUUAUAAUCAGGUGCGCUCUCUAGGCCGGAAAUUAUGUUAUAUAGCUUUUAAUAUAAAGUCACACACACAAAAAAAAUGCCUUGAAAGUGCUGUUUAAUUUUCUUUUUUUUUUUUUUGUGGCAAUUGCGUGACCUUUGAAAUCACACCACCUGUGAGGCUUUUAUUUUGUAGGGUGAAAUAUUUACAGUUCAAACUUCUAACAUAGCAAAUUGUCACAAUUUUUAGCGGGUGGGGCAUUAAGUAUUUGAAUAGUUUUUGUUCACUAUUGCCGGCACCGUUUGGUCCGUAUCAUCCCCCCCCCCCCCCACCACCACUUGUUAGCAAACAUAAGUGUGUCUGUCAGCUUUGUUGGUUUUUUCAACAUUGUGGUUAGCUCGUUUUUCCCGCUCAUCCGCUCCACAACUUGGCUUCUCCUUCACUUUUACGAAAGAGUCGCGUUCCUGCGACUGUGACGCGAGCAGUCGCAGCGGUUUGUGCGUCAGUUUACAAAUACCUGUCAGUGUGUUUUGGAUGUCAAACGCACUCGCGGUAUCGCCGCUUGAUAAGAGUGAAGACUUGGACUGGUUAUCUGUGUGAAAAAAGUAGUUUUGAACGUUCUUAGUCAUGAUUACAGUAAAUAUUUGGACGGCAAACACUUUGAGGUCAAAGCGUGCCUUCUUUUUCUUCUCCAUCAGUGAACUACAAUAUAAUCGCACACUGUACAUGCUGUUAUAUGUCAGUACUAUGGUACACCAAGGACCACUAGAUGUCAUUAAAGUGAAAGUUUUUACGUUUUAACAGAGGCUAAAGCUAUUUUUUUCCUAUACUUGUGAGAAUCAUAAGUUUGAUUUUAUUAUGAAAUUGCUUUAACAGUCACGCUUAUUUGGCAAUUCAAAGGUCUUUUAUACGCCACAGACACAAAUGACAUUUCAUAAAAAUGUAAAAUACUUUAGUCGAGUAAUGUAUGCUCCUUGUGGUAAUAUUUAGUGAAGAGAUCGUAAAAGUUUCUUCGAAAGUUUAUUGAAAUAAUUCUUAGUGAACCAACGCAUAUUCAUAGAUUGAGUGCAGAUUUUCCUUUUCUCUGACUUUGAUGGUGGGUGGUGGGGGGGAAUCCAUUUUUUUUUUUUUUGGCUGAAAAACUCACAAAUUUGCCAAUUUUGGUGCUCAUGCCAAAGCCAUGUCUAAUAUAAAAAUGCUGCUUUGGCGCCAUCUGAUGGCAUCUUGGUGUGAUGCCAUCAUAUUGAACUUAGGGGGAGCCUCAUUUAUUCAAUUCGUCGACCCAUCUAUCCAUUUUAUUAGCCGCUUAUCCUCACAAGGGUCGCGGGGAGUGCUGGAGCCAAUCCCAGCUGUCAACUGGGAGGGUACACCCUGAACUGGUUGCCAGCCAAUCGCAGGGCACCUUGGGUGUGAUUGUGACACCUAGGGGCAAUUUAGAGUGUCCAAUUAAUGGUGCAUGUUUUUGCGAUGUGGGAGGAAACCCGAGUGGUCGCAGAAAAUCCACACAGGCACGGGGAGAACAUGCAAACUCCACACUUCGGUAUCGACCCCGGGACCUCAACUGUGAGGCCGACGUUUUACCAGGCGACCCACUGUGCUGCCUCAAUUUGUCUACUUUAAAAAACAGUAAAAAAAAAAAAAAGACAUCUUGUGGCAUCUUUAGGGAUUUCCAAACCUUUUUGUGUGGCCUUGAAUCCUCUUCAAUGAACACACAUUUUUUUCUUUGUUUUACUUGUUUACUGACUUACACACUUUUUAUUUUAAUGUUAUUUUUUUUGGGGGGGGG